AUGGAAAAGCGAUCACGUGAAUCACAAGUAUCAGCUAUUUGUGAUUUAUUACAUAUUGAACAUACUGGUAGUGAUGCAACAGCAUUAGCCAUUACACAUGACAAAAUAUUAGCAAAAAGAUUAUUAAUUCAAGAUAAUAUUUUAACUCCAAAAUAUGUUGUUUAUAAUGGUAAAUCUUUGCCGAGAGAGACAAUAUCUUCUCUUCGUUUUCCAGUUAUUAUUAAACCAAGUCAUGAGGGAAGUUCGAAAGGUAUUGACAACCUAUCGGUAGUAGAUACAAUUGAAGAGUUUAAAACAGUUGUGGUAACUAAAUGGAAAGCAUUUCAACAACCUAUUCUAUGUGAAGAAUAUAUUGCGGGAAAAGAGUACACUAUUGCAGUAUUAGGUAACGAGAACUCAGAUUUGAAUGAUCUUCAGAUCAUUGGUCCAAUGGAAGUAUCAUGGAAAACUACUGAUAAAUAUCCAAUUUAUACAUAUCAAUAUAAACUCUCACUUACUUAUUUUUCAUCAACUUGUCCUGUUAAAUUUGAUAAUGAAGAACAAAUGGCAAAUGUAUGUAUGUUUGCAAAACGCGUUUUCGUUUCACUUGGAUGUCGAGAUGUAUGUCGAAUUGAUUUUCGUAUUGAUAAUCAAGGCUCCAUUUAUUUUCUCGAGUUAAAUGGUAUACCAGGCAUUGCACCCAACUUCUCUGAUCUACCUGUAAUGGCAAAUAAAUGUGGAAUAUCAUAUAAAACAGUUAUUGAACGAAUACUAACACCAUCAGUGAAUCGAUAUAUUAAAAAGAAAUUAACAAAAACUCAAUAA